AUGGGUUACAGCGGCAACCUCAUCUCCUAUAUGACUGAACCCGGCAGGGAGCCCGCUGUUGACACACUCGCUAAGCUUGCAACAGAGGUGCGCAGGAAUCACUACGCUUGCGGCACGAUCCGUGACGCCUCCGAGCAUGUGAUGCUCAAGAGUGACAACUCGAGCCUGUCCAAGCUGCUGCUACGUUCCCUGGAAUCAUCGCAGCGCAACUUCGUGCAAAGCGAUAUCGAAGGGCUUCUGGAGUGCCUGCGUCGAAAUUACGCUUAUAUCGCUGCCGAGAUAACAGUCGAUGCGGAUAUCGUGGAGCCGGAGCGUUUCCUGUUCGCCCGAGACAAUUUCCUGAUUGAGAGCUACGCGCUUGCAUUCGCCAGGAAUUUCUGCUGCAUCGAGCCCAUUAACAGGAAGUGCGUUUACCUUUUUCAUACUAGUAGCGCCUCAGAUACCGCAGUCUAAUAUUUCAGAUGUUAGA